AAGAUAGAUCAUAGAUAGAUAUACCAGAUACAGUGUGUGAUACAACAAGAGAAAAGAGAGAGAGAUGGGUUUUAGUGAGAAGCAAGAAGCAUUGGUGAAGGAAUCAUGGGAGGUGAUGAAGGAAGACAUUCCUGCUCUUAGUCUCCAUCUUUACGCGAUGAUAUUGGAGAUAGCCCCGGAAGCAAAAGGGUUGUUUUCAUUUCUGAAAGACACGAAUGAAAUUCCCCAAAAUAACCCCAAGCUCAAAUCCCAUGCUGUUAAAGUUUUCAAGAUGGUAUGUGAGUCAGCAAUUCAACUGAGGGAGAAAGGUGAAGUCGUGGUUUCUGGUUCUUCACUCAAGUAUUUGGGAUCCGUUCAUCUUCAGAAAGGAAUAGUUGAUCCUCACUUUGAGGUGGUGAAGGAGGCUUUGAUAAGAACAGUGGAGAAGGCAAUGGGAGAAAAAUGCAGUGAGGAAAUGAAGAGUGCCUGGUGUGAAGCUUAUGAUCACUUGGCUGCUGCCAUUAAAACUGAAAUGAAGCAAGAGGCUGCACAAAUUCAAACUCAACUUUGAAUACUGAGAGAUAUAUUUAUUGAUGGUCUUCGAAUAAAGUGCAAAAUUAUAUAGGGAGCUAUUCGUACGUAUAUGUGAUAUAAGAUCUAUAAAAUGUUGAUUUGUACACUGUCUUUUUCAUCUUGAAUCAAUAAAAAUAUCUAUCCUUCUUCUUGUCUA